CGUGCCCGUUCCGAGUGACUUUCGGUUUGAAUGUGUACCACCGAACGGAUUGGAUGCUGGGUUGAUUUUAUUUUCAUUUUCAACAAAAACUGCUCGAAGAGCGGUGAUCCGUAUCGUCGGAGCCAUCGAAGGAUUUCGGUUUCUUGCGUCGAGUUCGAGCCACUGUUAAACGUUUCGCUGCGUAAAGAUGCGAUCCACCUGUGUCGGUAUGAAUUCCGUCCUAAUCGUCGCGGUGGUUGUGCUGUUGCUGCUGAACGAAAGUAAAGCGACCUCCACACCGAACAGCGAUGCGUUGAUCAGCCAACUGACUCGCUCACGCUACUGCGGCCGUCGCCUUACGGAGACGCUUGCCUUCCUCUGCCAGGGACGAUAUCCGAUGUUAACCCACUACCGAACCGAUUACGUCCACGAUCAGCAGCGGGUAAAGGUGGAGGUAGCCACACUGCCUGAUACACUGCCGCCCGGCUUCCCAUAUCCUGGGGCCGGCGUGCAUCGACGCAGUCGGCGCAGUUCCGGCGGUAUCUACGAUGAGUGCUGCAAGAAGAGCUGCUCCUACGUCGAGCUGCGAGCGUACUGUGAUUGAGCGGCAUCCC